AUGUCUACUGCUUCAGCAACGAGGGAUGGACUUCGAACUCUAAAGAGGUAUCCUUCAAUGUUCAUGGAAUUGUCUACGUCCCCGAAUCGGAAAUGCCCCAAGAUCCUUUGGAGGUGGAAGGUAUGGAUGAAAACACAAUAUGCGCUCGAGACGCUCCAGCAGCUAAUCGUUUCCCGUUUACUAGUUCGUCGUCUUUCGGAGGCAUUGGCCCAGGUUAAGGAUGAGCAAUCUUAUAUUGUGGUGAGAGAGCGGGUACACCGAAACACCGCCGAGAGCACAAAUGCUAGAGUGAAGUGGUGGAGUAUCUUCCAGCUUGCGGUGCUUAUCGGGGAGGGCAUCUUCCAGGUGUGGUGGUUGAAGAGAUUUUUUGAGGUCAAACGCGUGGUUUAA